AUGGCCCUCACCAACGCAACCGCCAUAAAUGCCACAAUGCGCGCCGUCGUCUGGCAAGGAAACCCCUACAACGUCGGCGUCGUCGACCUCCCCAGGCCCACCAUUAUCAACCAAACCGAUGCCAUCGUUCAGAUAUCGAGAGCAGCGAUCUGUGGCUCUGACCUGCACAUUUACCGAGGGACGAACGAGGGGAUGCCGGCUCCGUUCGGCCUCGGCCAUGAGGGUGUUGGGUAUGUGUCUGAGGUCGGGGCUGGGGUUAGCUCGCUUAGCGUUGGAGAUCCGGUUAUUGUUCCGUUUACGGUUGAUGAGGGACAUUUGCAUACUGGUCUUACGACGCAGAUGUAUGGUGGGUAUGGGAAUGGGGGUGAUUUGGGUGGGACGCAGGCCGAGUACUUGCGGGUCCCAUUCGCAGACAAUGGUCUGAUCCCAAUCCCUUCUCUCGAGUACAUCAACACAACUACAAACGAAUCUGUCUCCCUGAUCAACGACUAUGUCAUGCUCUCUGAUAUCUUUGCCACCGGCUGGGCCUCUCUCGACUAUUCCGGCUUCCAAGCCGGCGACACCGUGGCGGUCUUUGGUGCCGGUCCCGUUGGCCUGAUGGCCGCAUACUCAGCUAUCUUGCGAGGCGCGUCGAACGUAUACAGUGUCGACUAUGUCCCCGAGCGCCUGCAACUCGCUGAAUCCAUUGGCGCAAUCCCCAUAAACUUCCGAGACGCCGAACCUGUGCAGCAAAUCCUAGCACUCGAGCCGAACGGCGUCGCCCGCAGCGUCGACGCAGUCGGAUACGAGCAAGUCAACCGGAACCUGACAGUUCAAUCGGAUGUAAUUAUCCGGAACAUGCUGGCUGUGACGUCUACCGGUGGCGGCUUGGGUACUGUGGGUGUUUAUAACCGGGAAUCUAACAGUACGGCAACUGCUCCUCGUGCUUCCACUGUGAAUACUCAUGUGGAUUUUUCUCUUGCUGAUUUCUUUUUUGGGGAAUUCACUUGGGGCGCUGGGCCUUCGAAUCCGAUUGAUCUUGCUCCGGAACUUGUUCGGCUUGUUGCGUCGGGGAAGGCGAGGCCAGGUUUUAUCGUCAGCGAUGUCAUUAAUAUAGAAGACGCGCCGGAUGCAUAUGCUAGGUUUGAGAGACAUGAUGCUACCAAGGUGGUGAUAGCGUUUGAUUAG